AUGAGCAUAUGUCGAUGGUGCACGCCUAGUGGUUCUGACACCACUGAGUUCCUGAAGAGCUAUGCUUCUAAACGGUUGUCCCCGGAAGAUCUUGAAGGACCCAAUGAUGAUCUCUGUUACUGCCUGGAGUGUGUGGUUGAAUACCACAAAGCAAGGGAAAAAUUGCCAAAGUUGCAUGAGAUCUUGUGGGAGUUGGAAACCUCCCGUCUUGUUGCCCACGUUGAGAAAUCCGUGCAAGAAGACGCUGUAGAAGAUGAUGAGUUGUUUAUAGUGGACGAGAACGGAGAGACACAGCUGUCUGGUUAUGUGGGCCUGGAUUUUGAGAACAACCUGCGAGUGCCCCUUCUAGAAGUACUGAAAUAUCCAUAUCUGCUGCUGCACGAGAAAGUCAGUGAGCUGUGUGUAGAAGUGCUCUGUAGAAUGGAACAAAGUCACAACUCCUUUCAGGUCUUUGAGAAAUAUCCAGGAAUUUAUCUCUUUUUGGUACACCCAAAUGAAGUGAUUCGUCGAUGGGCCAUCCUAACAGCAAGGAAUUUAGGGAAGGUUGACAGGGAUGAUUACUAUGACUUACAGGAAGUGCUGACUUGCUUGUUCAAAGUUAUUGAGUUGGGGCUUUUUGAGAGUCCAGAUAUUUACAGCUCUUCAAGGAUUGAAAAGGGUAAACUCAUCCUUCUGCCAUCUCAUUUAUACGAUACUGCCAACUACAAGAACUAUUGGCUAGGGAUUUGUAUGUUGCUAACAGUGCUGGAAGAGCAAGCUAUGGACUCCUUGUUACUGGGCCCAGACAAACAAAAUGAUUUCAUGCAGUCUAUACUUCACGCCAUGGAGAAAGAUGGAGCUGAUGAUUCUACUGACCCCUUCUGGCCAGCGCUGCAUUGUUUCAUGGUUAUUUUGGAUCAGCUCGGAUCUAAAGUAUGGGGUCAGCUUAUUGAUCCUGUCCAAGCCUUUCAAACCAUUAUCAACAGUGUGAGCUACAACAAUGAAAUAAAGAAUAUACGCAGUAGCUUUAAGAGGACAAAAUCUGAACUGGAGUCAGACUACAAUGAUGACAUGGUUACUUGCAGUCAGAUUGUGUAUAAUUAUAACACAGAAAAGCCUCAAAAGGAUACUGGAUGGAAGACUGCCAUUUGUCCAGACUACUGCCCCAACAUGUAUGAAGAUAUGCAAACACUGGCUAAUGUGCUUCAGUCUGACAUUGGCAGAGAUAUGCGUGUCCAUCACAGCACAUUUCUGUGGUUCAUCCCUUUUGUUCAGUCACUUAUGGAUCUCAAGGACUUGGGUGUAGCAUAUAUAGUAGAGGUCAUUCACUACCUCUGCUCGGAAAUCAAAGAUAUUGACAAUGAAAGAAUCCAGCAGUGUGACAAAGUCUCUGAAUUUUUUCUCAUGAUCUUGGUGUCCAUUAUUGAACUACACAGAAAUAAAAAGUGCCUGCAUUUGCUAUGGAUUAGCUCCCAAGAAUGGGUGGAAGCAGUGGUGAGAUGUGCUAAGCUUCCCACUAUAACAUCUGCACGGUGCACUGAAAAGGCAUCCGGACACUGUGUUAGAGGUUCAUCAGCCGUAUCUUUACAAGUGUCUAACUCUGUGCAGCACGCCUGUGUGCAGUUGAUACGUAGCCUUCUUAAAGAAGGCUAUCAAUUUGGGCAGCAUGCUCUUUGCAAGAAAUACCUCGACAAACUCAAUCUUUUUCUGCGAGGAAAUCUAUCUUUAGGUUGGCAGCUGAACGUCCAGGAAACCCAGGAAUUACAAUUGUGUUUAAGGCAAGUUAUAAGAAGUAUAAAGGGCAGAGCAUUGAAUACCCCUGUGCCUGUAGGGAACAGUGCAAACUCUACAACUUUGCCUACUGUUUCUAUAAAGCAAGAGAAGAGUGCGCGUGGCAGAGAUGACCUUUGUUCACCAUUUGCUGUCAUAUCGAAGGAAGGUGGAGAUGAAGAUUAUCAAGAGAACCCUUUCGCUAGAAGAAAGAGUGCCUGGGAAGAGGAAUGUAGAGAUGCAUCUAAAGGUUCAACAUCUUGGACAUCCACAGAAGGCCUCUUGAUGAAUGUUAAAAAGGAACUUAAUGACUCAACAACUCAGGAAUAUGUCAGCCCACAGAACUCUUUGGCAACAGAAGUAUGUGGGAACGUUGAGGAAAAUAGGAGCAGUGAUCUUGUGGCAGGGAAAUGCAAUAUGGAUAAUCAGUGCUUUAAUCUAAAUGCCCAAUCUUCGGAUUUCAGAAGAGGCGGAGAGCUGGAAAACAAAUGUGAAGCAGGACCCGUAACACCAAUGAAUCUGGCUGCUCAAACUCGUAUUGGUUCUCCAGAACAUGUUGACAGCUCAGAUGUAAAGGAAAGAAAUUUGUCUCCCAGUUUCUCUUCAAAGUUUAAAGUAGAUAUGCAUAGAGUCACAAAUUUGAAAAACAUGGUACAGAAAAUUGAAUGGCCCUCAAAACUGUCACAGCCAGUGAAGCCACGCGACUUGAGAAACUGCAUUUUGGCAGCAAGUGCUUCAAAAGCAGAGGUAGGACAACCUAAAUUUUGUGCUGGCUCUCUGGGUACAAGCAAAGAUUGUAAUAAACAUCAGGGAGCAAAUACUGUGUGUGAAAAUGAAAUCUCUGUUGAUACUCCAUCUUCAAGGAGUUGCGAAAGUACACAGGAGAAAAGUGUCAGCAGUGCUUUUCAAUCUAGACUGGUCCCCACUAAACAGGUGUCAAAAGAAACACCACUAGAUUGCUCUAGCUCCUCUAAAAAUGAACCUGGUAUGCAGGAAAAUGAAGAUGACAGUAUUUUGCUUUCAGGGAUUAGUGACACCUUACUGAAAAAAGUACCCACUGGAGAAAAAUCAAGUUCAUUGUUGAAGUCUGUGUUUAAGACAGAUGCUGACAUGCAAACUUCAGACCGGGAACAGCCUAAUUUGAAUGACUUGGUUAAAAAUGACUGUAAAGGUCAAAUUUCAAAGACAUUGUGUAUGGAUGAAACUUCAGCAAAUGGUCAUGUUCCAUCUAGCUCUGAAAACAAGAGGGAUACAUCCAACCCUGCUUCUCAGGUCAGGCCACUGUCAGUGAAGGGUGAAUCAAGUGACAGGUUGUUAAAAUUUUCAGAAUAUUUCAAGAGAGAAAAUUCAGUGGGGAAGAAAGAGGAGGAUUUUGUGAAGAUGGCUUCUGAAGAUAAUACUUUAACAGACUCCCAGGUUGAUAGAGAACUUGGUAAAUUGUCUUUAGCUGCAUAUGCCAAAAGUGUCAAUUUUCCCUUUGAUUCAAGCCAAGAAAGCUCGGUACAUCAUAAUAUAUGUGAUAUUAAAAGGAAAGUGAAAGGUGCUGUAAGAUCCUCUAAUGAUGGCCAAAGUACCAAGUCUCCCUGUGAUGCAGAUUGCCUUGAUCAGAAAGUCAUUGUAAUUUCAGACUCUUCUGAUGAAGAAGAAAUUGCGGCUGACAAGGAGGAAACAAAAAAAAUGAAUGAAAAUGCGUGUCCUGAAAAGCAGCCUUCAACUUCAAGCUGCAUUUCUGUUAGUGAUGUCAAAAUAGAACCAGAGGUGCCAAGCUCUCCCUUGUCACUGGAAGACUGUGAGUCUCAGUACUUUGAAUUUGAAACGCAAGUUAGUGUCUUUUCAGUUUGGCAAGAUACUCAAGCGUAUGGUAUGGAAGCAACUCAAGAGUAUAAACAAGGUCAUGUUUCAACAUCAGGUGAUAGUAGUAAUUCAGGUGGCUCACUGAAUGAUGACAUAAAUGAAUGGGGUUAUGAUGUGGAUUAUAUAGAUGCUGAUGCCAUGGAAGAAGCAAACUUGAUAGAAAAGCAGAUAGAAAAUAUUUCUCAUCAGAAAGAAGCCGAUAAUACAAAAGAAGUAACUAAUUCAACAUUGCAAGAAUCUAUUAGUAAGGGCAGUGCAAAAGAUCAACUGGAGAAUUUUGCAGACAAAGGUACUGUUGCUAAAGACUUCACCCUGGACUCAGAAUUGACCGAACCCAAAGCAUCUACAUCUGACAUCUCAUUAGCUUCAAAGCUGGCCCUUAAGAAAAAUAGUGUGAGCCCACGGAAGAAUAUAGCAAAAUCUAAGGUAGCAAGAACUAUUCAAGGAAGUCCUAAAAAAACUCCUGUUCUUAAAACAGUACAAAAUGAAAAGCUACUUCAAAGUACAUCAAAAACUUCUCAACCUGGCAGGUCAAUGCCUGCUGUUGUUCCUCCAAGGAAAGUUCGGCAGUGUCCUGCACCAGCAUCAACUGUAGAAAAACUUGGUCUGAAGAAGGCACCCCGCAAAGCGUUUGAAUUAUCCCAGCGUACUUUAGAGUAUAUAGUUCAAAUGCGCAGCCAUGGUAAAGCUGCAGGGAGAGUUGGAGUUGCAGAGAAACAGAAGACUAAACUAACUCCUCCUCAGAAUUUGUCUGUAAAACGUAAUAAAAAAUUGCUAGCCUGCCAAGACCUUCAGUUUUUAAGGCAGACAAGGCCCAAAGAAAGAGUCGGAGUGAAAAAUCUUGCAGGAAGUUCUGAGAGUAGAAACAGAAAAGUUAGCGAAGUGGAUGCAAAAUCUGUGAAACAAAAGCCUAAAAGUUCUGAACUGGCAUCUGUUGAGGGAUCUGCUGAAAAACAAAGGGAAAAAAAACAGGAGGAGACUGUUUGUCCCUCUGCCAGUGAGAGAAAAUUUGAAAGCGUCUCUGUGGAGGGGGAGACAUGGGUCUCUAAAAUGCCUAGUUCUUCAGACUCGCACAGAAAAUCAGAGGAUAACAGUAUGGUGGUUCCUCCUGUACCUAUGGAUUCAAGUCUCUCUUCUGCUGCACUUGUUGGAGAUGAUAAAGGUGAACCUUCAGGAAAAGGUUGCGUUGUCCAGCCUGAGGGUGAGAAGACAACUUUGAAAGAAAAUGAGUGUAAACAAAAUGAAAACAGUGAAGGUGGUGGUGAUGAUGAUGAUGAUGGUCUUUUUUUAACUCAGUUAGAUCCUGUGGAUAUGGAAUUAUGUUCCGAGGAGGAAAGUGUUCGAGAUACUACCGUAGCUAGUAAAAAACCAGAGGAAAUGGAUACUGCUGAAAGCCUUCAGCAGAAUGAAUCCUCGACUAUUGUGAAAUGUAAGUUCAAAGACUGUAUGGAAAAAGUGGAAAAACCAGGAGAGCACUGUAGUAAGCACUCGGCCACCAGCUCAGAAGCAGAUCACUCAUUUGCCAAACCUCUCCUGCCACCUUCUAAACCAAGACAGCCUUCCACUACCAAAAUUUUCAGCUCAGCAAGUUCUUCACGGAAUGCAGCCUUCAGCAAGGAUCUCAAAGAUGUUCAAAAGCUACGACCAGCUUCAAAAAGCAAAGUGAAUGCAGUGAAACUGGCGGUGGUCAGGCCACCAAAUGCAAAGACUGUACCAACAGGAAAUCAAAUGUGCAAGUCUCCAAGUUUCAGUAAUGUACCUCAGCCCUCUAUUUCUAAAAAUGUUCUCCAGCCACAGAAUAGACAGAACAACAAUGCUUCAAAUAUUUCCAGAAGGCCUGCCCAAGAAGCAUAUUAUUAUUCUUCCUGUCUUGGCGCUCAGCAGCGUGAUCAUAGUAUUUUUGUUAAUGAAGUCCUAAAGUGGACUUACCAAAUGUUUGCAAACUGCAGCCAGUUUGGACCUCCAGGAAAUCUCCUGCAGACUGUAGUAGCCCCUGUUCCUGUCCGAUUUCAGGGGUACAAUGACUAUUUUAAUACAUUUUUCCCCUUGAUGAUGCUAAAUGCCUUUGAAACGCUGGCACAAGAGUGGAUAGAAAACAAGAGAGGAAGAGAGAAGAGUUACUACUUCUACUUACAGAACUUCUGUGCUGACUUGAAUACAGCAGAUUUUACAGCUCAUUUUCAAGACAGCGAUUUGGCAAGGCAGCUUCAUCCAAAGGAGGAUGACUUAAUCUUUUUGGUGGCCCAAAAGGAAAGAGACACUUUUAGGGAUGAAAGUGAGAUGGAGGACCAUAUAGUGAAUCACGUUGGUCUUGUGACACGAUUUUCUCGUGUGUCUGGCUGUUUAACUA